AUGAAGCUGCGCGGUGACAGCAGCCAUAGAUGGAUGUUUGUGCUCAGAGACCAGCGUGGGGUUUCCUUUGACAACCAAAGUGCAGCUCAGUGUUCAAACGUUUCUUCCGCUUGCGGUGGUCAGAGACCAGCAGCUGCUGGCGUUUGUUUUUGGGUUGUGGAGCUGCUGUGGACCAAUGCAUGUUGGAGAAGUGCAUGAGAGAUGCAGGAGGCGUGGUGAAGGCAAGCUGCAGACAUUCUGCAGGCAGGAUGCAGAUCAGACUACAGACAUUCCAAAGAUGCGUCUGCAGAAAUGCUGCAGAUGCGUCUGCAGACAUGCAGCAGAUGCGUCUGCAGACAUGCCGCAGAUGCGUCUGGAGACACGCCGCAGAUGCGUCUGGAGACACGCCGCAGAUGUGUCUGCAGACAUGCCGCAGAUGCAUCUGCAGACAUGCAGCAGACAGACUGCAGCCUAUCUGGAGGGUCUCGUCGAAAUGAUAAAACCCUGCAGGUUUUUGGAUUUGAACUGGAAAAAUGACUCAUUCUUGUCUCCAUCCGUAGCGUUUGGCUGGUUUUAUCGCUACGAAGGGAAACUUCCGUCGCUUCGUAAGAAAGGAGAGAAGAAGAAGAAAAAGAAGAAGACGUCCAACACGGACACGCUGCAGGAGCAGAAGAAGAGCAAGAAGGAGAUGGAGUUUGAGCUGAAACUGGCCAAAGAGAAAGAGGAGAUGUACGAACGAGAGAAACAGCUGAAGAUCAAUCGGCUGGUCCAGGAGGUUUCGGAGACGGAGAGGGAGGACAUGGAGGAGUCGGAGAAAGUGCAGCACUGGGUGGAGCGUUUGUGUCAGACUCGGCUGGAGCAGAUCUCCUGUGUGGAGAACGAAUCCUCAGAGGUAAAGAGGGAGGAAACAGCAUCAAGUAUUAGGAUUUUCAGUUGAUUUUUAAAUGUUUUGUGGGACUUUUUUCUGUUCCUUAUAAAAGCAAACCAUAAGAUGCAACCGUUUUUUGUUAGAAAGUGUCUGGAGGACAUUUGGUUUUCCUCACAGUCUGAUUCCUGUGCCUCAAUCUGUAGAACGUGACUAGAAACCAAAUGUUUAUUUGGGAGAUCUCCAGCAGAAGAUCUGAAAAAGCAUGAAUGUUGUAGUUUUCCCGCCUGUAUAUUUUUCCUUUGAGAACGUUCCUGAUUUUAAGACUUCAUUGAAGCUUUGAGGAAAACGUUGUGUUUUUUCUCAAAGUUUAGAUCAGAAAAUUUGUCUCAGAAAUAUAAAAUCCGCCUCUAAUUUGACGAGAGUCCUGAGGAAACAAAGCGAUCAGGAAGUGUCAUUUCGUUUGGUGAAAGUUUGUCAUUGGUGACGGUUUAAAUAAAGUUGAGGUGACACGUUUUGAUCUGCUGUGACCUG